CUCCCCUUUAUGUGCGUGGAUCGCUCUCACCGCCGGAGCUCCCGGGAUAGUGAGCUACAGUUCAGGUUUUUAAUAUGAACAUGAUCCGCCUGCUGUCGUUUAAUCGAUGCCAGGCUCGUUGAUUCCACUGUGAGAUCUUCCGGUUUUGCAUGGUGGGAUCUUCGUCGGUCCGCCUGGACCAGGAGCGUGGCAUCCUCACCGCCUUCCCCAGUUUGCCGAGGAGGUGAAGCCUCCACAGUAACGCCGCCCGCCUCGACAUGAAGCGAUUAACGGGAACGGCGAAGGACGAAACUUUGAUCGAGCUGCAGAGCGCGAGCGAUGUCCAGAUCGCAGUGUUGACCGCAUUCAGGAUAAACCUGCACUCAGAUGACAACAAUGGAAAUGGUGUGAAUUCACUAUCUGAAAAAGAGACUUUGCCUGGAAACACAGAGACAGAGAGGCUGCGUCCCAGCACGGACACCGUGUUCUUCAGAGACGGAGUACGAAGGAUAGACUUUGUGUUGUCUUAUGUCGAAGACAAAGAUGGAGAGAAGAAACAGGAGAGGAGGAGGGAGUUUGAGGCCAACCUUGAGAAAGCAGGACUGGAGCUGGAAACAGAAGACCGAGUAGACUCCAAAGACCAAAAGACGUAUUUUUUGAAGAUCCACGCUCCGUGGGAUGUGCUGGCCACCUACGCCAACAUCCUAAAGAUCAAGGUCCCCUUCAAGGUUAGCGAUAUCCCUCACGGUCAGGACACCCCGCUGGAGUGGCUGUCUCAUCCCUUCCGCCUGCCCAAGCACAUCAUGCACCCACAGGAGGACUACUUCACCUGCCACUUUGACAAAACCAAAACCGACUUUUACCUCAUCAAUGACAAGGACACGUUCUUCCCACCAUCCACAAGAAACAGAAUUGUGUUCUACAUCCUGGCUCGGUGUCCGUACCACAAAGAGGGUCGGAAAGAUAAAGAGAAGACGGGAAUCAAGCGAUUACUCAACAAUGGAACCUACACAGCAGCCUUUCCCCUUCAUGAUUGUCGAUACUGGAAAAGAGCCAGAAAUGCUGAAUGUGAGAGCGAACGCUACAACUUGUACAAACACUGGGCACGAUUCCUCAUUUUUUACAAGGAGCAGCCUCUAAACCUCAUCAGAAAGUACUACGGGGAGAAGAUUGGGAUCUACUUUGCUUGGCUGGGCUUCUACACAGAGAUGCUGUUCUUUGCUGCUGUCAUGGGCUUCAUAUGUUUCGUCUAUGGAGUUCUCAGUUAUGAUGACAACAUAUCCAGCAAAGAAAUCUGUGACGCUGAGGUUGGAGGCAGCAUCCUGAUGUGUCCGCUCUGUGACAAAAAAUGCACUUUCUGGAAGCUCAACUCCACUUGUCUCUCAUCUUGGCAAUCCCAUCUGUUUGAUAAUGAGGGAACAGUAUUCUUUGCCAUAUUCAUGGGGAUUUGGGUAACUCUGUUUCUGGAGUUGUGGAAGCGGCGCCAGGCCCGACUGGAGUACGAGUGGGACUUGGUGGACUUUGAAGAAGAGCAGCAACAGCUGCAAAUGCGGCCAGAGUUUGAGAUCAAAUGCACUCACAGGAGAUUAAACAAGAUCACUCAGGAAAUGGAACCAUACCUCCCUGUGACUAGCAAGUGUGCUCGCUACUGCUUCUCUGCGGCCACCGUUCUUUUCUGGACUUCUCUGAUCGUGGCCUGCAUUAUCGGGGUCAUAGCAUACAGACUCGCCGUGUACGCGUCCUUUGCGAGUGUCAUCAAAGACCCUAUGAGGAGGAUCCAGCUGGUGGGACGGUUCAUCACUCCACAGCUAGCGACGUCCGUCACUGCUUCCUGCAUCAACUUCAUCACCAUCAUGAUCCUCAACUUUUUCUAUGAGCGCGUGGCCAUUUGGAUCACUGAUAUGGAAAUCCCCAAAACCCACCUGGAGUACGAGAACAGGUUGACCACGAAGAUGUUCAUGUUCCAGUUCGUCAACUACUAUUCCUCCUGUUUCUACGUAGCCUUCUUCAAAGGCAAAUUUGUGGGUUAUCCUGGUAAAUAUUCAUACAUGUUUGGCAAAUGGACCAAUCUGAGGAACGAGGAGUGUGACCCUGGAGGCUGUUUGAUUGAACUCACCACGCAGCUGGUGAUCGUCAUGGUUGGCAAACAGUUGUGGGGAAACAUCCAGGAAGCCCUGCUGCCGUUGAUGCGUAACUGGUGGAGCAGCAGAGGGAGGCGUCACCAUCCUGAGAACCACUACAGUCGCUGGGAGCAGGACCACAUCCUGCAGAACUUCACCCAGCUGGGAUUGUUCUACGAGUACCUGGAGAUGGUGAUCCAGUUCGGCUUCAUCACCCUGUUUGUGGCCUCGUUCCCUCUGGCGCCGCUCCUGGCGCUGUUCAACAACAUCCUGGAGAUCAGGGUGGACGCGUGGAAGUUCACCACCCAGUUCCGCCGGCCGGUGGCAUCUAAGGCACGGAACAUCGGGGCGUGGCUGGAGAUCCUCAACGCCGUGGCCAUUCUGUCUGUUGUUACCAAUGCUUUCAUCAUGGCGUUCACCUCAGACAUGAUCCCCCGUAUGGUCUACCUGUACGCCUACAGUAAGAACAGCAGCAUGCAGGGCUACGUCAACGACAGCCUGUCGUUCUUCCACAUCUCACAGAUACCUAUGCACAACAGGCCCGAAGACAACUGGUUUGAUAACUCCACCAUCUGCAGAUAUCGCGACUACCGUUACCCUCCAGGCCACCACAAACAGUACACUCACACCAUGCAGUUCUGGCACAUUCUGGCUGCCAAAAUGGCCUUCAUUAUUAUCAUGGAGCACGUGGUCUUCGUGGUGAAGUUCUUCGUGGCGUGGAUGAUCCCGGACGUGCCGUCAGACGUGAAGGCGCGCAUCAAACGGGAGCGCUACCUGAUUCAAGAGUACCUGCACAACUACGAUGUGGAGAGGCUCAAGCUCCAGCUGAGUGCCAGUUUCAUGACCGAGCCUGCGUCAGAAAUGUCUUUGACGACAGACAAGCAUGAAGUGUUGUCUGAGUGCCUGUAGCCCCUGCGUCACAGCAGGACGGGACGCGUCUCCUCACUGAGAACAGUAAAAUACAAGGGCUUCUGUCUUUGGAGGAAAAACAUAAUUACCUUUUCAUUCUCAAUGGGCUUCAUCAUCUGUUAAGAUGUAAUCUCAUAUUUAAGGUGUAUUAUGGGGCGACAAAAAAUGACAUGCAACAUUUCACUCUGUACUGUACAUGAAACAUAAAUUAUACUGUAUGUGCCAUAUAAAUGUUGGGAUGAAAGCAGGGAGCAGAAGUAUAUCUGCAGAUUGCUCCAUUUCCAGUGCAAUGUCUUCUAAGCUCUUCCUUUGAGUCUAAAUGUGUCUCUAUGUGCUCAUGUUUGGGUAAAAUAACCCUGAAAGAGCCAAUUGAAGGUGAAUUAACUGAACUAUGAAUGUUGAAAACACUAUUCAAAUACAAAAAGGUUUCAAAACACGAGACAUGGAAUAAUUUAUUAUUCCAUGUAUAUUAACAGAAAUAAAUGUUCAGUGCUUAUUCCUCCAACAGCUUCACCAUGUUUGGUGACCAUUUAAGCUUGUCUGCUUACAGUAUUGUUUCGUUACCCUGAAACAUACUGUAGCUGGGAUUCAGCACUUAUCUUAGGUAAUUCUAUUCUAUUCGGGCAAAAGGCCUUUAAAACUGUGCAUUUGUAAACCAUGUACCUCCACUAAACUGCAGCCACAUGCGACGUGUGGUGUCACUCCACCCAGUGCAUCUGGUUUAGGGACUGUAGCAGUAAUAUGGCUGGACAGAAGCUGCAGACUCAUCAUGCCUCAUCAGUAAAGUGUACUUCUGACUUGCUAUGGGACCAAUUACAGAGAAUUUUUAUCAAGGGAACAGAGUACAUGAAGGAAACACUUAUAUCUCGCUGAAAUUCUGCUUAAAUACGCUUUGUGGCUGGUCUGUAUGUUUUAUUUAUGUGGCAGCUCUUCCAAACUAACAAAAACUAUUAUUACUAACAAUACUAUUUAAUUACUCUGAUAUAUAGCAAACAGAAGCCAUUUUACUCACUAGUUGUGAAAUGUGUACUUACUCUGUCUGAAAAAUGUAGCUAAGGAGAACAUCUGAUCUAUUUAAAGGAGUUGUGGUGCAAUUAAAUUAUUGAUCUGCAUUUCAUCAUUUUUAUUAAGAAUAUUCCAUCAUAAUCCUCUUUGUAUUGCUGUACUUCUAUUAUCUAUUACCUUAUUUUGUACCAUUUGUCAUGACAAAUAGUCAACAAGCAGUAUUCAUUCAAACUGUUAUUUAUACUGAUAUACUGACUAUUAUUUGUUAGGGGUUCAUAUUAAAAAAAUCUCAUGCUACACACUCUCCUGUAGACAGAAAUCAGUACUGUAUGUCUCAUAUUCAUCAGAUAAACCAUUUACUGUAACUGAUACAUUAUAGCAUUUAUUAGCCUUAAUGUAUUUGAAUCCUUCUGUGUUUGUGUUUAAACUUCUUCGUGAUUCAUGUCACAGAUUCCCAUCAAAUUAUAUCCUACGGUCAAAAAGUAAGGAUUCAUUCAGCUCUCAGGAUUUAACACCUUUAUGUUUCAUGAGCAUGAGCUGUUCCUGCAGUCCGCUAAUGUCAGACGUGUACAUGAUGAAUUUCUAAACAAAUGCCUUAAAUGUCUUUGUUUACUUGUUUUUCUAUGGCUUCAUAUUGACCUUUUCCUACAUGAAUUUAAAAUCAGUUUCAUAUCAUGUGAUAUGCUUCUAAUCGAUAGAGUACUUCUUUUCCCUGGUUUGAUGUGCAUGAUUGGCUCUGUAAAAAUUUUGUCUGUUACAUGUUCUGUUGUCUGUAGACUACUGUAAGGGAAUGCAGUAGAGCUGCUGAGUCACAAUAAAAAAAAAAACUAUUCAUCAUA